GGGAAUAUAUAAGACAAGAGUUAAGUCGGAUAGUUGUUUAGUUGAACUUUAAUUUAAUACCAGACAUUUGUGAAACUAUUUGAAAAAAUGCAGUCCCUAAUAAGCGUUUUUAUUGCAUUACUAGCGGGUGUAUUAAUAAUAACUGAUAUUUCUUUCGCUGCUAAACAACCAUUGUGUACAUACAAAACAUCCGAAGGUGAGACAGUCUUUCUAACUUAUAUGCCAACAUCAAAGAAAGGUGAAGAAUAUGUUGACUUCAAUCCUACUGGAAAGGGAAUGUGUGUUAGAAAAGCAACUUGUUUAGAUGAUUUUACUACCAAAGUUGAAGACUGCACCUCUGCGAAGAUCACUUGCUCAAAUAGACGACAAUUUCAAGGCGUAUUUCCAAGUUGUUGUAUUAAAUGUUAAACACGAGUCAUUAAUUGUUAUGUAAAAUGUAAUAACUUUGUUGCCGGACAAUUAAAAUAAAUAAUCUGAUGUUUCUUUA